GCUCCCUCUGCGCUCUGGUGCCGCUGAUCUCCCUUGCCCCGACCCACCAUGGCCCCAGGAACCAGUUGUCUCACGCUGCCGGAGCUUCUGGCCCUGCUCUGGGUUCUGUUCACAGGAGCUGGAGGUACCCAGGUAUCUGUGCACCCAAAAAAUGUUGUUAUACCUCAAGGAGGCUCUGUGCAGGUGAACUGCAGUGCUUCCUGCAACUCCCUGGGUCUGGAGACUCAGUUGACUAAGGUGGAAUUGACCAACGGGGAUAACUGGAAGGUUUUUCUACUGAGUGAUGUGCAAGAAGAUAGCAGUCCAAUAUGUUUCUCAAACUGUGAUAAUAAGCAGUCGAUAGCUUCAAUGAACCUCUCUGUAUACUCUUUCCCUGAGCUUGUGGACCUGGCACCCCUGCCUCUCUGGCAGCCUGUGGGCAAGAACCUCACCCUGCACUGCAAGGUGGUAGGUGGGGCGCCCCAGGCCCUCCUCACGGUGGUGCUGCUGCGAGGAGAGAAGGAGCUAAAACGGCAGCCAGUGGCAGGGAAAACCACUGAGGUCCCAUUCACCAUGCUGGUGGAGAGAGAGGACCAUGGCGCCGAUUUCUCUUGCCGCACAGAACUGGACCUGCGUCCCCACGGCCUGGGACUACUGGAGAACAGCUCAGCCCCCAGGCAGCUCCGAACUUACGAUCUGCCAAAGACCCUCCCAAGCCUUGCUACCCCCAAAUUUGUGGAAGUGGGCAAAGAGUGGUCUGUAAACUGCAGCCUGGAAGGGCUAUUUCCAGCCUCAGAGGCUGAAAUCGGCCUGAUCCUGGGGAACCAGAGUUUGCACCCCACAGUCAAGCACAAAAAGGACGCGCUCAUGGCCUGGGUCCAGGUGAAGGUAGAGGAGGAGGGUGUGCAGCAGCUGAAGUGCACUGUCAUGCUGGGAGGCCAGAGCCUGGAGAAGGCAGAAACUGUGACCUUCUACAGCUUCCCUGCGCCCAGCCUGACCCUGAGUGCAAUGGAGGUCUCAGAAGGGACUGGGGUGACUGUGGAAUGCAAGGCCCAGACCGGACUCCGGGCAGUGCUGAGUGGGGCCCCGGAUGGCCCUCCAGCCUCAAGGGCCCAGUUCACACUGAAGGCCAGGGCUGAAGACGACAAGCGUCAGUUCUUCUGUUCUGCUGUCCUGGAUAUAGCUGGGCAAGUGCUGUACAAGAACCAGACCCAGGAACUCCGUGUUCUGUAUGGCCCGCGACUGGACGAGAGUGAUUGCCCGGGAAACUGGACGUGGGAGGAAGGUUCUUAUCAGACCCUAAAGUGCCAGCCCUGGGGGAACCCACCCCCUAUGCUGGACUGUCGUCGGAAUGGGGAUAAAGCUUUGCUGCCCAUCGGAGAACUAAAGCCUGUGAAGCAGGAGAUUCAGGGCAGCUACCGGUGUCGUGCUGUGAGCUCUCAGGGCGAGGUCAUCCGUGAAGUGCUUGUGACCGUGAUCUACCACCAGAAUUACGUGGCGAUCAUCGUUGUGAUACUCACAGUCUUCGUACUUACUGUGGGCUUAGCUGCGUGGUUCUAUAAUCGCCAGCGGAAGAUCCAGAAAUACAAGCUACAGAAGGCUCAGGAGGCCAUAAAGCUGAAUAAGCCAGCCACACCACCCUGAGCCUGUCCCGGGACAGGGCUUCCUCCUCAGCCCCUAUUGGUGGCCGAAGUGCCACAUGAACAGUGGUGGAUAUGUGCCAUUCAACUAUUCCCAUCAAGGAUACCAGAUGACAGAAUAGAGGCCUCAGUCAGGAUACAGUCAGCAUUCGGAGUCAUGGCACCUGCACACCUAGGACCCAGGCCUCAAGCCUGACCCACAGCCACAGGAUUAAACCAAGAGGAAGGGCAGGACCAUAAAAGGAAUGUCAAAGUCUGACCUGGCCAGAGGUGGAGUAAGGAAGAUACAUACCUCUAACAUGGAUUCUCCCUAUUGGGAAACAUCAGAAUUCACCCCAUGGUGUGCGCUGCAGCCCUGGUCCUAAAGAAGUGGCCCCGUGCAAACACAUGCAGGUCAAACACAACCCCCCUCCCCUGCUUUGCCUGGCAGAUGCUUGCUCCAGGACUUCUGUCCUCUGUCCCCAACUCUUGAUGAUGACAUAUAUUUAUUCAUUUGGUUUUUUACUAUUUAUUGAGUGCCUUUUAUGUGGGCUAGAAUGCUAAGACAGACACAGGGAGCUCUCCGUCUAGUCUCAUUCAGGGUUGCCAGAUACAGUUGUAUUGACUGUACUUCACAAGAGUCCCUGGCAAAAUGAUUGGACUGAGGGCUGGAAUUGUCCCCUCCGUUAGCCAAGUGACUGUCCCCCAGGAUGAACUGCUGAGCCCUUAUCCCCCAGCCCUACACUGACCGCUAAGCCACCUCUCUGUUCUGUACACAUCUGCGGCUACUCAGGAUGAGCUUUGGUGUCAUCCCUGCGUGUGAGUAUCCAUUCCUCGGCACUGUCAUGAAACUGGUCAGUUCCCGAGCGCCCCUGCCUUGCCCUUCUGUUUCCAGUUCAGAGGACCCUGCAAGACCAGAACACUGGCAGCUCCUAAUUCCUGCAGUGAUGAGGGCCCUGCUGGCUGCGAGCUGGAGAGGCUUUGGAGGAUCCGUAACCAACUCUGGAAGCCUCUCCCUUAUGCUAGGAAAGCUUUUUCCUCUCCCCCAGCCUUGUGUGAAUUGAGGGGUGAUGUCCCGUCCAGCUGGAACCCUUUCUAGCUGCCCUGCUAUAACCCUUCCCACUUCCUCUCCAAAGAAAAUGCUGCAGGCUCUGAGGCCCUAAUCCAAAUCUGGGGCUUGUCAAGACAUUUUGAAACUAGCGGAAAUAAAGAGCUCUU